AUGCGGCCCGCUUCCCUCCUCCUGCUGCUCCUGGGGGCCCUGGCCCUGAGCGAGACCCGGGCGGGCCUCCACUCGCUGAGAUAUUUCGACACCGCCGUGUCCGGGUCCAGCCGCGGGGAACACCGGUACAUCCACGCCGGCUACGUGGACGACACGCAGUUCGUGCGAUUUGACAGCCACGACAAGAGCCCGAGGCCGGAGCAGCGGUGGGUGCAGCGGCCGUGGCUGGCGGACGAGCCACAGCAUUUGGACCGUUACAUGCGCAACGCGAGGGACAACGCGCAGAAUUUCCGAAUGAGCCUCAUCAACCUGCGCGGCUACUACAACCAGAGCGAGGAAGGGUCUCACACCAUCCAGGUGCUGUACGGCUGCGACGUGGGACCCGACGGGCGGUUCCUCCGCGGAUACUCUCAGUUCGCCUACGACGGCGCCGACUACCUCUCCCUGAGCGAAGACCUGCGCUCCUGGACCGCGGCCGACAGCGCGGCGCAGAUCACCUGGCGCAAGUGGGAGGAGGCCGGCGAGGCGGAGCACUACAGGACCUUCCUGGCCUGGGAGUGCGUGCAGUGGCUCCGCAGCAACCUGCAGGCGGUGCCGCGCUCAGCCCCUCCGGAGACACACGUGACCCAUCACCCCAUCUCUGAGCGUGAGGUCACCCUGCGGUGCUGGGCCCGGGGCUUCUACCCUGCGGAGAUCGCCCUGACCUGGCAGCGUGAGGGGGUGGAGAUGACCCAGGAUAUGGAGCUGGUGGAGACCAGGCCUGGCGGGGACGGGACCUUCCAGAAGUGGGCAGCCGUGGUGGUGCCUUCUGGAGAGGAGCAGAGAUACACGUGCCGUGUGCAGCACGAGGGGCUGCCCGCGCCGCUGACCGUGAGAUGGGUGCCACCUUCUCAGCCCAAAGCUGGCCUGGUGCUCCUUGGAGCAGCGGUGGCUGGAGCUGUGGUCGCUGGAGCUGCGGUCGCGGGAGGUGUGAUGCAGUGGAUGCUCUCAGAUCUGUAA